AUGGCCCUGAAAUCAUUAUACAAAGAGUACUGGAAGACUGUAAGCAAAGAGAAAGGAGCAUGGUACGCAGACAUAAAGAAAGCCCCGCCCGCCCAACCUUGGUAUAACAAAUUAAAGCAGUAUAACAGAAAACUUAUAGUUACAAUCAACAGACUGAGGCUCGGCCACUGCCGAACGCCCAGUCAUUUAUAUAAACUGCAAUUGGUACAAAAUCCUACUUGCCCGGAAUGCCAACAUAAUUUUGCAGGUCUGCAGCACAUUUUUUUUCAAUGUCCAGCAUAUCGAAUACAAAGACUGAUACUUGUGUGUGAACUUGACCUCGUCUCCGAAGGUGUGCCCGUGUCACAAAUUCUUCAGACACUGCUGUAUACGGAGAAAUAUACCAAUUACUUUAUUUAA